CCAAUCACACCCUUCCAACAGGGAUUUAACUAGACCAUCGUUUAGGUAGGUAACUUAACCUGAUAAUCAAACGGACGAAGCUCUCUGUCUCUCACGUGUAGCGGUGAUCUUCAUACAGAAGCCGGUUUAGUCAUCGUUUUCCGUGAGAGCCCCAGUGCUAUAUUUUCAACCGUUUGAGAUCGCGGGAUCGAUCGAAUGGAUUUUCCAGUUUUUUUCGCAUUACUAUUUGAACGCACUCCUCCAGCUCCUCGAAGGGGUAGAACUAUAUAGCUAGAGCUGCUAAUAAAGCGCUGUUCAGUCUUGUAACGAUCAUUUAUUAGCAGCUGAAGCUUUGAGGAGUAGCAACAGUACAGCUUACGAGCAUGGCGAGACAAGUGCUAUUGUUUCUGGUGGUUUGUUUAGCUUCGGCAACAGUUCAAGGAAUCAGUCAUUCAACCAACAAGGGGCGUAGAUUCAUUUGUCAUUACACGACCUGGUCUCGAUUUAGGCAAGAAGAUGGGGCGUAUUCCAUCGAAGAUAUACCUGGCAACUUGUGUUCCCAUGUUGUGUACAAUUUCGUUGGCAUCAGUGAGAAAUCCUAUGAACUGACUUCCAUGCAACCGGACUACGAUUACGGCGAGAAUGGCUUCCAGCGGUUCGCGGAUUUGAAGGACAAAUUUCCCAACCUCAAAUUGUUAGUAGCCAUCGGGGGUUGGGGCCACGGUGGUGAAAAGUUUAGCCAAAUGACCGAGAAUCGCAAUCGGCGACGACGUUUUGUGGGCAGUGUUGUUAAGUUUUUGCACAAGUACGGGUUCGAUGGACUCGAAGUGGUGUGGAUGUAUCCGGGAAAUUACGAGCGGGGCGGGAAUGUGAAUGAUAAAGAUAAUUUUUAUUACCUGAUUCGAGAACUGCAGCAGACGUUCGAUGAUGCGAAACGAGACUGGGAAGUGAGCGUGCAGGUUCCAGCAGACAAGUCCCGACUCGACGCGGGCUAUCAGAUAGAUGCGCUUUGCGAGGCCGCACACUUCAUCCAUGUGAUCGGAUACGACCUUCGCGGCUGGUGGAACAAUUUUGCCGACGUUCACAGUCCCAUGCAGGAUCGCUCGACCGACGAAGGCAGCUUCAUUGGCUUGAACGUUCAGAAUGGCGUUGAUCAUUGGCUGAAGGGCGGAUGUUCGCCCAGUCAGAUAGUGCUCGGCGUUCCCCUGUUUGGAAGAACGUAUCUGCUUUCGAGCCCGGAGGAAAACGCCGUAGGAUCACCCACCAUUGGAGCCGGUUCCGCAGGCGAGCUGACGAACGAACCCGGCUAUCUCGGGUAUUGUGAAAUCUGUCAAGCACUGCCGGCCAUGACCAUUCGAUGGGACGAGGUUGGAAAAUGUCCGUACGCUUUUAAUUCGGAAGAAUGGAUCGGUUAUGAAGAUGAACGAUCUUUAAAAGCCAAAAUUCAAUGGGCAGUCAACAAAAAAUUGGCGGGAAUUUACGCUUUCUCGCUGGAUUUGGACGAUUAUCGAGGCAAAUGUGGACAAGCUUAUCCGUUGACGCGAGUACUGCAUGGAUAUUAUGAGGAAACUAAAAACGAGAGUUUAGUAACGUGGCCCACCAAACGAUCGGUUCGAUAAAAUUUAAAUAAAAUAAAGACAAUUAAUUUAUUUUUAUAGGCUAAGAUCCCAAGACUUAUUGUUUGUAAGAUAAUGUUCGACUGUGCCAGAAAACUAUUUAAUUAUGCUAUAAAUAAGUCCCUUUUUGAAGCCGCGAAACACAGAUUCUUGCGUAAUAUUAUAAUAAAAAUAAUUUUCA